CAGUUGGGCCUCCUGAGUGCCACGAUGAGUGUCACGUCCUGGUUCCUGGUGAGCAGCAGCGGCACACGCCACCGGCUCCCGCGAGAGCUCAUCUUCGUGGGGCGCGAUGAGUGCGAACUCAUGUUGCAGUCCCGCAGCGUGGACAAGCAGCAUGCUGUCAUCAACUACGACCAGGACCGUGACGAGCACUGGGUGAAAGACCUGGGCAGCCUCAACGGGACAUUUGUGAACGAGGUGCGCAUCCCAGAUCAGAAGUACGUCACACUGAAGCUCAAUGAUGUCAUCCGCUUCGGCUAUGAUUCUAACAUGUAUGUGCUGGAGCGUGUGCAGCACCGUGUCCCCGAGGAAGCGCUCAAGCAUGAAAAGUACACUAGCCAGCUGCAGGUGAGCGUCAAGGGCUCCCUGCCCAAGAGGGGUGAGCCCCUGCAGGAGUCCACACCCUAUUGUGAGUCCACCCACCCCAGGCCAGAGAAAGGGGACCGAAGGCCUGGCACAGAGGCAGUGGCUUACCGCACGCCCCUGUACGGGCAGCCCUCCUGGUGGGGAGAGGAUGACAGUGCCACACCUGAGGACCGGCGUCAGGAGGAGCCCUACCCAGAGCGUCCCAGGGAGCCGUUGACACAGGGUGGCGAGCUGGAUGGCUUCCGCACCACCACUGAGCACCAGGGCUGUGCACUCCGGCGUGAGCCCAGCUACUUUGAGAUCCCCACCAAGGAGGUUCCGCAGCCGCUGCAGACCCCUGAGGCACCCACGAAGGACAAGGAGGCUGGCAGCGGCGGGACGGCCCCUGUGGUACAGAGCCACGCCUCCUUCACCAUUGAGUUUGAUGACUGCAGCCCUGGGAAAGUGAAGAUCAAGGACCACAUCACCAAGUUCUCCCUGCGCCAGCGGCGGCCCCCGGCCAGGGAGGCCUCCCCAGGGGAGCUGGUCUCAGCUGAGACCAAAGUGGCCGACUGGCUGGUGCAGAAUGACCCCAGCCUGCUUCACCGGCCAGGCCCUGGGGAUGACCGCCACAGCACCAAGAGUGACCUGCCCGUCCACAGCCGGACCCUGAAGGGCCACAAGCAUGAGGACGGCACGCAGAGCGACUCCGAAGACCCCCUGGCCAAGGCGGCCCCUGCGGAGGCCGGUGCGGAGCAGGUGCGCCUGCAGAGGCAGAUCAAGCGGGACCCGCAGGAGCUGCUGCACAACCAGCAGGCCUUUGUCAUCGAGUUCUUUGACGAGGAUACGCCUCGUAAGAAGCGCUCACAGUCUUUCACACACACCCCGCCCGGGGACCCCAAGGUGGACAAGCGCCGUGGCCCAGGCACUGCUGACAGGGAGCGCCCCAGCGCCCCAGCCCGCCCCACAGGUGGCAGCGCGGGGCCCCAGCGGGCCAGCUCGCUCAAACGGGAGAAGACCGAGGAGCGGCUGGGUGGCUCUGUGCCCGCCACACGCACCCCAGCCCGCCCCUUCGGAAGCGUGGGGCGCCGUUCCCGCCUGGCACAGGACUUCAUGGCCCAGUGUCUGCGCGACAGCUCCCCAGCCCCCCGGCCAGGCCCAGAGAAGGUGCCCCCAGUGCUGCCCACGCCCCUGACGCCCGGUACAGCCAGCCCCGUGGCCCCCCCAACCCCUCCACCCCUGCCUGCUGACCCCCAGCUGACGAAGGCACGAAGGCAGGAGGAAGACGACAGUCUGAGUGAUGCAGGCACCUACACCAUCGAGACAGACGUGCAGGACAGGGAGGUGGAAGAGGCCCGGAAGAUGAUUGAUCAGGUAUUUGGGGUGUUUGAGGCCCCUGAACUCUCCAGAGUGUCCUCAGCCACCUUCCGCCCAGUCAUCAAAGGGGACAGAGAUGAGUCUGUGGAUGAGGGUGUGGCCCAAAGGAUGGCAUUGCUGCAGGAGUUUGCCUCCCGGCCCUCGGGUGUGGCCCCCCAAACAGAGCACCAGGGCCACCUGGUUCCAGGCUCACCUGGGGCUCAGAAGUGGGUGUCCCGCUGGGCCAGCUUGGCCGAUAGCUACUCGGACCCGGGCUUCACAGAGGACGGGCCUGGACACAGAACUGGAGAGUCUGACGGGCCCCUGCCCGUGCGUACACGGCGACUGCUUCCCCAGCUGCCCAGUGACAGGGCUGACAGCCCCGCCGGGCCUGAGGUGACCAGGAGGAAUGGGCCAGGGCCACCAGAGCCGGGCAGUGAGCAGGCUGGCCGCCUCCCAGGCCAGGAAGACCUAGACCCCGACAGCCUCAGUGAUGCCAGUGGGUCAGAUGGGGGCCGAGGCCCAGAGCCGGGCAUGGAGCAGCAGGGGGAGAGGCACGUGAAUCCUCAAGAGACAGCAGCCUGGACCAGGGGUCGGCGCUCUCAGCGGGCUCAUGGGGAACCAGCCCCCACCUCUUUCUUCAUUGGAGACCAGAAUGGGGAGGCCACUUUUCCCCGGAAACCGUUGGUGGCUCCUGGGGAGGUAGACGGCCCAGGGAGGGCAGCCCAAGCCGGCCUCCCAGUGAAGGAUGGCGUCUAUGUCAGCCCUAGCGGGAGGAUGGUCAUCCAGCUGCGUUCUGGGCGGUCCCCGGAGCCCAGCAGCCCUGGACCAGCCCCUACCAAGGAGGCCCUGGCCUUUGUCCGACAAGAGAGUUUCACUAAGGAGCCAGACAGUGGCCCCCCGGCACCCGGCAAGCUCCCCCACAUCUCCAGCCACCCCCUCUUGCAGGACCUGGCUGCGGCUCGGGCCUCACGCAUGGACUUCCACACGCAGGAUACCCACCUGAUUUUAAAGGAGACAGAGACAGCCUUGGCAGCGCUCGAGGCCCGACUGCUCUCCAAGCCACCGGAUGGAGAGGGCGAGGGGGGUGCCCCCAGGCCCCCGGAGGACUCUCUGUCUGGGGAUUCGGAUGUGGACACGGCCAGCACUGUCAGCCUGCUCAGUGGCAGGAAUGGACCCAGCCCAACAACCCCCCAGGCCCUGGGACCACAGAAAGAGAGCUUGUCCUCCCCACCACUGGUGCCAGAUUCAGGAGCUGCCAGCCCGGGCGAUGCCCAUGAGCGCCUGUCAGAAAAGCCGCACCGGCCGCUGGGCACAGCAGACCUGGGCCGUGGGGAGUCAGCACGGCGCCAAGCUGUGCGGCGCAGCCAUGGGCCCCGAGGGUCCCUGGACUGGCCCGAUGAGGAGCGAGGUUCUGGCCCCAGUAACCCACCCAACUCAGUCACAGCCACCUCCAACCACGAGGCCACUGAGGCCCCAAGGGCCAGUCAGCCAGGGCCCCGCCGGAAGCCAGCGCCCUCCCCUCCUUCCCCUGCCACCCGCGAGGAGCAGAGCCGUGUCUCCACCAGUGCCCAGAAGGUCCAACAGGCCCUGACUCGCUCCAACAGCUUGUCCACCCCAAGGCCCACCAGGGCCUCCCGGCUCAGGCGGGCCCGACUCGGGGAAGCGUCUGACACAGAGGCUGUGGAUGGUGAACGGGGGCCCCCAGCCAACCCUGAGCCGGCCAGCCGGCCAGCCACAGAGCAGGCCAAGAAGCUGACACGCUUGGACAUCCUGGCCAUGCCCCGUAAGCGGGCCGGCUCCUUCACGGGGCCCAGUGACUCAGAGGUGACCCCCACCCGUACUGGCUUCUCUGGCCGCAGUGCAGAGCUGUACUGCACCAGCCGUAAGCCCACCAUGGCUGAGGCCCGUGCUGCUGCCAGGAAGGCUGCUGCCACUGCUGCCAACGCCGGCCCCCGCCAGCCCUUCAGCCGUGCCCGACCAGGCAGUGCCAGAUACUCCUCCAACACUCGUCGUCGGCAGCAGGGCUCAGAUUACACAUCCACCUCUGAGGAGGAGUACGGCUCCCACCACAGCUCCCCCAAACACACACGCUCCCAUGCCUCGACAGCCACGCAGACCCUGCGGGCCAGCAGCUCUGGUCGGGCUCGAUCCCGGGCUCCCGGCCCUCGGGACACAGAUGACGAUGAGGAGGAGCUUGACCCCUAUGGUUUCAUCGUGCAGACGGCAGAGAUUGCCGAGAUUGCCAGGUUGAGCCAGACACUGGUGAAGGAUGUGGCCAUCUUGGCCAGGGAGAUCCAUGAUGUGGCUGGGGACGGGGACUCCCUGGGGCCCACCCGCAGCCCUUCCCUCGGGAACAUGCCCAGCACCCCUGCCUCGACCAUCUCCGCGCGGGAGGAGCUUGUGCAGCGCAUUCCCGAGGCCAGCCUCAACUUCCAGAAGGUGCCACCUGGCUCGCUGAACUCUCGGGACUUCAACCAGAACAUGAGUGACAGCUGUGAGGAGACGCUGACCAAGACGAGGCCUCGGAACCGCGAGGAGGUGAUCUUCGAUAACCUGAUGCUGAACCCGGUGUCCCAGCUCUCACAGGCCAUCCGCCAGAACACAGAGCAUCUUGCCGAGAAGAUGAAGAUUCUCUUCCAGAACACGGGUGGAGCGUGGGAGGACCUGGAGGCCAGGAUCAACGCCGAGAAUGAGGUUCCCAUCCUGAAGACGUCCAACAAGGAGAUCAGCUCCAUCUUGAAGGAACUGAGGCGUGUGCAGAGACAGCUGGAAGUCAUCAAUGCCAUUGUGGACCCCAAUGUCAAUCUGGACCUGCUGACAGGAAACAGGGCUUCCACAGGUCUGGCCCCGCAAGGGCUGGGGAAGGGCCGGGCAGCAGCCCAGAGUCCCUGUUCGCCUGCCUUGGUGGAGCCCUUGCUGCCAGCCCUGCCCCUGAGGAGCUUCCCACAACGGGCCAACUGCGGGCCCCCCAGCCUCCCAGAGCCUGCCUUCCUCCCCGACGCCGAGCAGUUCCUGAUCUAGGCGCGGGGCAGGUGGGGCCUUCCCCUGUGCGUGUGUGUCCUGUGGCUGCAUCCACCAUGUGGCCACCUGCCCGGCCAGGUGGCUCUCUGUGAAAACCCCGUAUGUGCCAUAACCCCCUGGGGCAGGUGCCUCUGUGCCAACCCCUCGCCCAGCCGUGCCAGGCCCGGCUCUGGGUGUGGGCACUGCAAGGGCAGGCCCUGAGGGCACAUACCCACCCCUCACCAUCACCAUUGUUUCUGUUGUUAGCUUUAAAGGAAAGAGUAGUGUGUGCCAUCACAGCGCCUCUGCGGCCUGAGCCAGGGCCGCCUCCA